GUCGCUGCACAAGUCGCCAUGCUCGCCAAUCUGAACCAGAUUGCUACCCUCAUAUCCAUGGGUUACCAGGUGAGAGUCGCAAGGGCUACAGCUAUCCGAGCUUCGCAGCCGCCUCUAACCGCAGAUAGAUGACCUUCUUCGUCAUGAACCUUGCUUGCUUUCUUCUCAAGAUUGGGUCCGCUCCCAACUUUCGCCCCGGCUUCAAAUUCUUCAGCUGGCAGACAGCGUUUGCCGGCAGCAUCCUCUCUGCGGCUGCCAUGUUCUUCAUCGACGAGACUUAUGCCACCACGGCCGUCAGUCUCUUGGUCUUUCUCUUCCUCCUCAUCCAUUAUCUCAGUCCGCCGAAGCACUGGGGCGACGUCUCCCAGAACUUGAUCUAUCAUCAAGUGCGAAAAUACCUGCUGCGGCUGAAGCCAGAGCACAUCAAGUUCUGGAGACCGCAGAUCAUCCUCCUCAUCAACAAUCCCAGGAGGCAGACGCGGCUGAUACAGUUCUGCAACUCCCUGAAGAAAGGAGCUCUCUACAUCCUGGGACAUGUCAUUGUCACGGACGACUUCGCGGCCGGUGUGGCAGAGGCGAAGCUGCAACAGGCCGCCUGGACCAGAAACUUGGUGUUGUCUGCGGGUCUAGGGGGCAUGAGGCCAAAUAUUGCCGUCAUCGGCUUUUACAACAUGGAUGAGUUGCGUCGCUCUGGGUCCCAAUUGCAGGUUCCCAACGCACCCGUGUCUCUCAAACCAACCCAACCGGGAGAUUCGGACUCUGAAGCCAAGAUCAAAACCAGGAGAAGGCGAAGAGGGGACACGUCUUCCCGUAUCCUGGAAGGAGUGCUGCCUACUGAUGCCAUGAGGACGGAAGAGAUGAUGUCGGUGACGAGCUAUCUCACAAUCCUCGAAGAUCUGGCUCUGCGGUACCGCUUGAACGUCGCAGUCGGCAAAGGCUUCGACGCCCUGGAGACGCCGCGGCGGGACGGCAGCAAUACCAAGAGGUACAUUGAUCUCUGGCCCAUACAAAUGUCGGCGGCGCUCACCGCGGGUGGGAAGGAUGUGCUCACCACAAACUUUGAUACCUACACGUUAAUCCUCCAACUAGGAUAUAUUCUCCACACUGUUCCAGCGUGGAAAAAGGUCUAUAAGCUCCGAGUCCUCGUCUUUGUCGAGUACGAAGGGGAAGUUGAGGAGGAAAGGGGACGAGUGAAGGCUCUGCUGGAGAAGCUGAGGAUCGAUGCUCAGGUGCUGGUGUUCUGGCUGGCAUCCGGCCACUUGUCGACUUACGAUCAUAUCAUCCACGGCCAUUUCACGAACCGCGAGACCGAAAAGCUUGUCAACGAGUGCUUGAGGAACCAGGAGUGGUGGGAAGAGCUGCAAAACUACCGGGGAAGUCAGUCGAUGACCCAGUCCCAAGAGCUUGCGUCCGCAGCGCAGGUCAUGGAGUCGACAUCAGGCCGACCAAGCCUGUACAACCCGCACGACGGUCCUUCUGAUGGCCGAGAGAGAAGGCGCCAUAGUCUGGCGCAGCUCACCGAACUACCAAAGAAGCCGUCCAUGUCGCAGCUCGUGAAAUGGGGCGUCAGCAUGGGCAUCCACACACAGAACCUGCCCUUCAAUGUCUUCGACAGCUCGGACACGGACGCUGGCUCCGACAGCGACACCGAGAGCGACACCUCGGAGACGGCGGUCGUGGAUUACCACGAUGAUGAUGCGGACAGCGUGCCCGGCAAAGGUGACGACCCAGCCAGGCGUCCUUUGCUGGCUGCAAUCCGACGGCGGAGGAGCUUUGCGGAUAUAUUUGCCCGCGUAAAGAGCCCUCGAAAGGAGCGGAGACUCAAAAGAUCACGGUCACCCUUGGAGAGCUCUUACGGGACGAUCAUGUCAGACACUCGCACUGGUAGCGACUCGGGAAUGGAAGCGGCGAGGCACAGCCGGAACAGGUCGGAGCUGUCCCCAGCCCCUCGAGGGAUCCUAAAGCCAGAAAGGCCGCCUCUGUCAAGACAUGGCUCUACGGCCAUGAGAUUCUCGAGCAACCUAGUGCCCGAGACAACAAUCACGAAUGAGGACGGGAGCGAACCGCGGAUCAUGUUUGCCGAGGCAGAGGCUCGCACGUUUUCUCGGCAGUCGUCGUUUGGACGCAUCGCGAGCGAACCCGGUCCCGGCGGGGAGAGCACAACUGACAAGAAGGUUUCGUUUGCUGAGGCUGGUUCUGCCGUCAAAUCACCGGCGAGAUCACGGAGGAGCUCCAUGUCGAAAGCACAGGACAAUGGCGGCGACGCCUUAGUCGACAUUCCGGAACUACUGACGUCCUAUCAGCUAUCAGAGGGCGAAGCCGACAAAAAUGGGUCAAGUUAUUCGACGCAAGAUCUCUCGCUGUCUUUCAACGACCUUCCCAGCCGGGCCCAACAUUUGAUUCUAAACGAGCUCAUGCGGCAAAACAGCAGCGACACAGCCGUGAUUCUGACGACGCUGCCCAUCCCCGAGGAGAACACGUGCCAGAGCGAGGAGGCAAGCUUGGCAUAUCUGUCCGACGUCGAAGUGCUCUGCCACGGGCUGCCUCCUGUGUUGCUGGUGUUGAGUAACCACAUGACCGUCACCGUGAGCCUCUAGGCUGGGUAAUUGCUGUCUUCAGAAGAGAUUCGUGGCAUCGGUGCGCCACACUAGGUGGCCUCUGCCAUUGUUUGGGUACCACAGCUGA